GCUCAUUUCCGUUCUUUCAUGUGCUGACGCUCUAUUCCGGUCUUGGUGGCCCCCCCAACCCCCCCGUAGCGAAAGCCGUUUGGGAUGCGCACGAUGAGGUUAUUGGCAUUUGUCGUGUUGGCUCUAUUUGCUGUCACUCAAGCAGAGGAAGGAGCGAGGCUUUUGGCCUCCAAAUCACUGUUGAAUAGAUAUGCUGUGGAGGGGCGAGACCUGACCUUACAGUACAACAUCUACAAUGUUGGCUCAAGUGCUGCAUUAGAUGUGGAAUUAUCUGAUGAUUCCUUCCCUCCAGAAGACUUUGGCAUUGUCUCUGGAAUGCUCAAUGUCAAAUGGGACCGGAUUGCCCCUGCUAGCAACGUCUCCCACACUGUGGUCCUGCGCCCUCUCAAGGCUGGUUAUUUCAACUUCACCUCAGCAACAAUUACUUACCUGGCCCAAGAGGAUGGGCCUGUUGUGAUUGGCUCUACCAGUGCACCUGGACAGGGAGGAAUCCUGGCUCAGCGGGAGUUUGAUAGGAGAUUCUCCCCCCAUUUUCUGGACUGGGCAGCCUUCGGGGUCAUGACCCUUCCCUCCAUUGGCAUCCCUCUGCUAUUGUGGUACUCCAGCAAGAGGAAAUACGACACUCCCAAAACUAAGAAGAACUGAGUAGGGUUUUUGUGGCCCUCAUCUCCCAAGAAACCAAGGUGCUUUCCAGACUCCAAAGGGUAUCUUAAAUGCAAUCUCUUCUCUCUUAGCCCUCGGCUACCUUCUCCUGGAUCCUACCCUGCUCUCAACCAGAGUGAAGGACCAGGAGGAGUCUAUGAGAGCCUCCUCGGUUACAUUGUGAAGCCAUACAAACAGGAAUGCCUUUGGCAACAGCCCUUGAGCCUAGAGGGCCCUCUGGUGCCCCACUGAGGUGCUGUUGGUAUAUUGCUGGCAAAUGUGAAUUCUCUCAGGGGUCCAGGAGGGGCACUUUGGAGACUGCGUAUACCACCCCCAUCCCCUGCCCUCCCCUCUUAGAAGAGGGUAGAAGAUGAAAUGAAAGCUUUGGGACUCUCAGAGGCUAUCCAGUCUCUGUUCUGGGUUAGGGAAGUGCUUACUAAAUGGGGUUUUCUAAUAAAAACAAAUGCCACACUGA